UACCUGACUUUCUAUGGUUCACUAUGGUAGAAUGUGAAUGUCUAGCUCAUUGCCACAGAUUAGUCAGACCAUAAGAUGGCUAAAUACACCAACCUCAACAACAUCUUUCAGUGAGAUCUGGGACCUCCCAAGGACUCUCUCUCUAAAAUUUUGCUCCUAAGACAAUAAGGUCUGAAAUAACUUUAAUUCAUGGAGGAAGCCGGAAGGUGAAAUCUGACAUAAAACAUCCUUCUAGGGAGAUGCAUUUGUAAACACUCGAGUGAUAUCUAAUUUCAUGUUGAAUUCAUGGAUAGAUAUAUUUAAAUAUCACAUCAUGACUCUUCUCAACAAUCUUUGUUGUUUAUGGAUUAGCUUGCAGGCAUGGGAUCCUAAAAAGAAAUACUUUCCUUUGCAUGGGAGAAAGGAAGGAGAUGCCUCCUAUAACAGCAAAGGAUGUUAUCCUUUCCCUUGCACUAAAGGCAGAACAAUUUGUUAAGCUGCAGCCAUUAACUUAUGCCUCUCACUUUAUGGCAUGCCUAUAUAUAUGCAUUUAGGCUUUGCCAAGCUAUUCACAAGUAGUUAGUUCUCUACAAGAUUCAGGUUACCCUUAACCUCUUUCUAUCAUGGCCUCCCAGGGGGCAAAGCCUUUUGCUUCCUUCCUCCUCUUCCUCAACCUCAUAAUGUACAUCAUUGUCGCGGUGAUUGCUGGUUGGGUCGUUAACUAUGGCAUCGAUGAGACUCCAAAUGCAGUGUCGGGCUUGUCGCUACCAGCUCGACUUUUUCCAAUUUACUAUCCGAUUGGAAACCUGGCCACCGGAUUCUUUGUCAUCUUCUCGCUCAUCGCUGGAGUUGUAGGCAUUGCCACUUCACUCACUGGCUUGCGAGAUGUCCUCAUGGGGAAUUCGGCCAGCUUAUUGUCAGCUGCAGCUUCUUCUAUCAUUACUUGGGGUCUCACACUUCUAGCCAUGGGAUUGGCUUGCAAAGAGAUCAGCAUAAGUUGGAGGCCUCCAAACUUGAGAACACUGGAGGCAUUGACCAUCAUCCUGAGCGGCACUCAGCUGCUGUGCACAGGGGCCAUUAAUGCUGGUGCAAUAGCCACCGCCAAUGAACCCUACGUCACCGGACGAGUCUGAGAUCAUGGAAAUCACUCCUCCUAUGUUAUCUAAACCUCCAUAUUCCCUAUGUUUAAAUUUUUUGCAACUAUCUUCUUCCAUCAGUUUCAUGUUCCUCAUUUUUAUGUAAGUAUUGGAGGUAAACACUAAUGGAAUUUACAAAGACAGGUCUGCUACAUGUAACAUGGAACUCCAUAGAACACAAAUUACAGUUCAAUCAAUGGCUUGUAGAUAAAAUAAGUGGAGAAAAAACUAUGAUUCUAAAGUUACAUCGGUUAUGAGAAAUUCAAUGUAUCAACACUGUUUCUCAGGAUACAAGUUCUGACUCG